GCUCAGACACGUGACUUUAAAACGGCAUCUCUCGGUUAUUAUCACUCAUUAUUGUUGGAAUACGGAAAUAGACGAUGAUUAACGAAUGCACGUGAUUUUCCACCAUAUUGAAAAUCAACUAGAGGCGUAUACAUUUGAUCUCAAUAAUUUUUAAAUCUUUGAUCUGUUAAUCUUCAUCCACCAGCAAUAUGGCUUCAAGAAAGAAGGUUUUACUAAAGGUUAUAAUUCUAGGUGACAGUGGUGUCGGAAAAACAUCUUUGAUGAACCAGUAUGUCAACAAAAAGUUCAGCAACCAGUACAAGGCUACUAUAGGUGCAGAUUUUCUUACCAAAGAAGUCAUGGUAGAUGAUCGGCUAGUAACAAUGCAGAUUUGGGACACGGCAGGACAAGAGCGAUUCCAGAGCCUGGGGGUGGCGUUCUAUCGCGGCGCUGACUGCUGUGUGCUGGUGUUUGAUGUCACCAUGCCGAACACUUUCAAGUCUCUGGACAGCUGGCGCGAUGAGUUCUUGAUACAGGCCAGUCCGAGAGAUCCAGAAAACUUCCCCUUCGUAGUCAUUGGCAACAAAAUUGACUUGGAAAAUCGUGCAGUUUCUGCCAAGCGAGCCCAGGGCUGGUGUCAUUCAAAAGGAGACAUCCCAUACUUCGAGACGAGCGCGAAAGAGGCCAUAAAUGUGGAGCAAGCUUUCCAGACCGUUGCAAAGAACGCCCUGUCCCAGGAAACUGAGGUGGAACACUACGAAUUUCCCGACCAGAUUCGACUCAACAACGACCAGAAUAAGCAGGCGUCAGGGGGUUGUGGAUGUUGAUUGGACGUGGUCAUGUGGACACUCGUUACUUUGUUAUGUCCUUCAUUGUUGCUGAUUAGCAAUAGCAAAAUGUUAAGAAAUUGGGUUUGUGUUUUUUAUUUAAGUGAAUGAUGAACAAAAAAUUAUGUACUGGAAUAUUUGAUAGAUUCUUUAAAAUGAUGCCAUGUUAGUUUCGAUAUGGCUUUGAAGGACUGAACAUAUUUUUUUACAUACAUGUGAAUUUAUUUAACGGGGACUCCGGUUAUCUUCUCACCAUUGACAAUACAGUUUUCUAAGUUAUUUAUAUUUACGGUUUUGUAUCAAGUAGGGAUAGUAUUUUUCAUAGAAAAGUACACACUCUUUUUUUGCAGAUUCAUUUCACCUAAAACAAACUUUUUUUUGUCCUGUAGCAAGGGCUUUAUAUAGGCCCCUUCCUCCAAAAGAAAGGCCCCUUCCCCAAAAUGAAUUGUUUUUAUAUUAUGCAAUUUUCCCAAAAUUUUAUGCUUACUUUGGGAAAUCUUUUACCCUUUAUCAUUUUCCCCAAAACGGAAUGCAAGGCCCUUUCACCAAAUCAAGAAAAAGCAUUUUAUUUUCUAUUUUUUUAAUGUACAACUUUUUCAUGUACAUGAUCGAUAAAAGGUCAUUGUAACUUACAAAAAUACGCGCUAAUAGUAAUUUGCUUUUUAUGUACUAUUUGAAAGAAGGGCCUUCAGAAUAUGGAUGUUCAUUCAUUUUUUUUAAAAGAGUCGCAUUUUCAGUAAUCAGCCAUUUGAUAUAUGUAAUCAAUACCUGUUUUGUUAAGUUAGUGAAACACUUGUUAUUAUUGGUAUUUGUAUUUCUUGUUUUUUAACCAGGUUUUCCGAAGGAAAAAACUGGUUAUUAGAUUGGCGAAUGCGGGCGGGCUGGCUGGCUGGCGGGCUGGCUGGCUGGCGGGCUGGCUGGCUGGCUGGCGGGCUGGCGGGCUGGCGGAAUAAGCUUGUCCGGGCCAUAACUAUGUCGUUCAUUGUCAGAUUUUAAAAUCAUUUGGCACAUUUGUUCACCAUCAUUGGACGGUGUGUCGCGCGAAAUAAUUACGUCGAUAUCUCCAAGGUCAAGGUCACACUUUGAGUUCAAAGGUCAAAAAUGGCCAUAAAUGAGCUUGUCCGAGCCAUAACUAUGUCGUUCAUCGUCAGAUUUUAAAAUCAUUUGGCACAUUUGUUUACCAUCAUUGGACGGUGUGUCGCGCGAAAUAAUUACGUCGAUAUCUCCAAGGUCAAGGUCACACUUGGAGUUCAAAGGUCAAAAAUGGCCAUAAAUGAGCUUGUCCUGGCCAUAACUAUGUCAUUUAUUGUGAGAUUUUAAAAUCAUUUGGCAAAUUUGUUCACCAUCAUGGGACGGUGUGUCCCACGAAAGAAUCACGUCAAUAUCUCCAAUGUCAAGGUCGCCACGACUAAAAAUAGAUUUAAAAAAAAAAAAAAAACUUACAAAGGGGGUUAAUUUUUUUUGGUCAUUUCAAAGGUUCAGUUUGAGUUUUCUCCCUUUAUCAGAUUUUUUUUUUCACAAUGAAAACCUGGUUUUGUGACAAUUUUGUCCCUUGUUUCUUACCUAAUUUAGAUCCAUAUAGAAACAAGUCAGUAAUAUGUUGUGUAUUUUGUAUGGGACAAUGUACAACACAUUGUCAACUGAACAUUAAUAUCUUGUGUACAUAUUAUUAUGAUAUAUGUCCAUUCAAAUGUAAUUUUUAUUCACAUUUGUGCAAUGUUUUGACAAUGUUUAUGUAAAGCUUUUGAUUAGGAGUGUACAUGAACAUUUUGAAAGAGGAAUUAUUUUAAAAUGUUACUGGUCUUUGUUUUAUUAUCCAAAAAAUGUUUGAACACUCAUGAAAUUGAAAUUUUGCUAUCAAGUAGGCAAGUGUUAUUCUGCACUUAAAGAAAUCUUGCCUAAAUAAAGCAACUUGAACACAGGGUCAUUAGUAUUUGAUAGGAAACAACCUGACAUGUUAUUUUUGGAUUAUGUUUUUUGCAAUAAUUGCUCAUAAAUGUCAUACAUGGUGAAAUAAGCGUAACACAGUUAUAUCUGCGUAAAAUGUUUUUUAAGAUACUUUGGUCUUCCCUAACAAUAUGUGUAUAAGUCAUGUUGAGACUAACAGCAAUAAAUAUUUGAUUCCCAAGUUCAUUAUAUUGGAGUGCAAAUUUAUGUGUAAAACAACUACAUUAAGAAUUACAUAAGAAUUUGUUUCAUAAUAGUAAUUAAAAGUGUAUAUUUUAUCUGUGAUAUUUUUCACAUCAACUCUGGAACAACAAAAAAUACUAAGUUGUGGCUAAAAACUCCAAUACCAUAUGACAAGUUUUUUUGGAUAAACUAAACAUUUACUGGUAAAUUUACGGCUUCUAAACUUUUUUAGUGUACCUUGUUUUUGUUAUAUAAUAUGUAUAAGUUAUGUUUUUCUUAACAUAAUAUGUACAUAUAUGCUAUUCAUGAAAGAUUAAAUUAAUAAACAAAAAAUCAAAUUGA